AGAUGAGUCUUGAUUUCCUAGUCUUGUGCAAAAACUAUCUCUCCGCCAACACCUUUUAAUUGUGUGUAAAUUGAAUACCAUGGCAGAACAAUUGAGGAAUACAUUUUUACAAGCUAGAAAGGAGAAUAGAAAUGUUUUGGUAACAUUUAUUACUUGUGGAUUCCCAAGUGUGGACGAAACAAUUGAUAUCAUGAAGGGCCUCCAAGCUGGAGGUGCUGGAGUUAUUGAGUUGGGUGUUCCUUUUUCUGAUGCAGUUGCAGAUGGUCCUACCAUUUGUAAGGGUAAUGAAGUGGCUCUUAAAAACAAUGUUAAUUUGAGCGUUGUUUUUGAUACCGUUAAACGUGCUCGCGACGCUGGCGUCACUAUUCCCAUCAUCUUGAUGGGUUAUUACAACCCAAUCUUUUCUUAUGGUGAUAAAAAUACCAUUCAAAAGUCAAAGGAAGUUGGUGCUAACGGCUUCAUUAUUGUUGACUUGCCUCCUGAGGAAGCUGUCGGAUUUCGAGCCGAAUGCACUAAAGAAGGGCUUAGCUUUGUCCCUCUUAUAGCCCCCUCAACUACUGAGAAGCGUAUGAAGGUUUUGACUUCUAUCGCUGACUCUUUCAUCUAUGUUGUCUCUCGUAUGGGUAGCACUGGUUCAUCUGCUAGUGGCCAAAUUAACAGCGCUUUGCCCGAGUUUUGUGAUCGUAUUCGUAAAUACGCUGGAAAUACCCCAUUGUCCGUCGGAUUUGGUGUAAACACCAACGAACAUUUCAGAUAUGUUGGUAGCGUUGCCGACGGUGUUGUUGUUGGCAGUAAAAUCAUUGAUGUUGUUUUCAAGGCAAAACCUGGUAAGGCUGCUGAUGAUGUUAAGGAGUACUGCCAAUAUUUGACCCAAAGCGACACUUCUGCCCCACCUGCUAAGCGUUUUGCAUCUGAUACCGCUGUGGAUACUGCUCCUCCCGCAGCAAUCGUUGAACCUGCAAAUGAAAUGUUCCUUCCGCAAACUUUUGGUUCUUUCGGAGGUAUGUUUGUACCAGAGGCUUUAACUCAAUGUUUGGUUGAGCUCGAAAGCGCUUUCUAUAAAGCCAUCAACGAUGAGAAGUUUUGGGAAGAGUUCCGCUCUUACUAUGAGUAUAUGGGUCGCCCCAGCUCUCUUGAUUAUGCUGGACGUCUUACAGAACACUGCGGCGGUGCUAAAAUCUGGUUGAAGCGUGAAGAUUUAAACCACGGUGGUUCUCACAAAAUUAAUAAUUCCAUUGGUCAAAUUUUGAUUGCCAAGCGUCUUGGUAAAAACCGCGUGAUUGCUGAGACAGGUGCCGGACAACACGGUGUUGCCACUGCUAUUGCUGCUGCCAAACUUGGUAUGAAGUGUACAAUUUAUAUGGGAGCUGAAGAUUGCCGCCGCCAAUCUCUUAAUGUUUUCCGUAUUCGUUUGUUAGGUGCCGAUGUUAUUCCCGUCACUUCUGGAACUCAAACUCUUCGUGAUGCUGUAAACGAAGCUCUUAGAGCCUGGGUUGAGGACAUCGACACUACCCAUUAUUUGAUUGGAUCUGCUAUCGGACCUCAUCCCUUCCCUACUAUUGUAAAAACAUUCCAAAGUGUAAUUGGUAAGGAAACCAAGGCACAAAUGCAGGAAAAGCGUGGUAAGCUUCCUGAUGCUGUUGUGGCUUGUGUUGGUGGUGGAUCUAACUCUAUCGGUCUAUUUUCUCCUUUCAAGGAAGACAAGUCUGUGCAGUUGUUGGGCUGUGAGGCCGGUGGUUCUGGUAUCUCAACUGAUAAGCACAGUGCUACAUUGUCCAGAGGUAAAAUUGGUGUAUUCCAUGGUGUACGUACAUAUGUCUUGCAACGCGAAGAUGGACAAAUCCAAGACACCCAUUCUAUUUCCGCUGGUUUGGAUUAUCCCGCCGUAGGUCCCGAAUUGUCUGAACUUAAAGAAACCAAGCGUGGUGAUUUCAUUGCAGUCACUGAUGCUGAAUGUCUUGAAGGUUUCCGUGCUCUAUGCCACUAUGAAGGUAUUGUUCCCGCUUUGGAAUCCUCUCAUGCUAUAUUUGGUGGUAUGGAAUUGGCAAAGAGUCUUCCCAAAGACAAGGACAUUGUUAUUUGUGUUUCCGGUCGUGGUGACAAAGAUGUUCAAAGCGUAGCUGAGCAAUUGCCUACCUUGGGACCUCAAAUUGGAUGGGACCUUCGUUUCUAAGGCUCGUUCGCUUUUCUUUGGUCGUUUGCAUAGAUGUCGUUCUUAUUUAAAACUAAAUAUUUUUUGUGAAAGUAUAAAGAAGUAAAAAAAAAGAAAAACAUUCGGCUUUAAGUUCAUGCUGUCUAAUAAACAUUGAUAAUGUUAUGAGCAGGGAUUCUUUUAAAGAAAAAGGAAUAGAAACAGAAUGUUUAAAUUGACUUUUAGAGCUAUGAUGAAUUUACAUAUUCAUACUUAAAAGCUAAUAGCUGUUGUAGUUUUAAUAUUGUCUCCGCAUCCUCAAA